UAUUCCAAAACUGAAUACAAAAUAAAAAACCUUUCUAACUACCUCCUUCCUUCGUUCCCAAAACCUUUCUAACCACCUCCUUCCUUCGUUCCCAGCAGCAGCAUAAGGCACGAAUUCGAGCAAAAAUUCGAAGGUAAUUAAGCUACCUCCUUCAUUCAUUCCCAGCAGCAGCAUAAGAAGAAUUUUCGAGCAACGAUUCGAAGGUAAGCUGCCUCCUUCAUUCGUUCCCAGCAGCAGCAUAAGCGUGAGGUCUACAUUCGUUCCCAGCAUAAGAAGAAUUUUCGAGCAAAUUCAAAGGUGUAAAACCUCUUUCUAGCUACCUCCUUCAUUCGUUCCCAGCAGAAAAUUCGAGCAAAUUUUCGAGCAUAAACGCACAGCGAAUUCGAAGGUGUAAUUUGAACCCUAAUUUAGAGCAUAAACGAGCAAAUUCGUGCCUAAUAAUAGCGAAUUCGAGCAAAUUUAAAUAGAGGAUUUUUUCUUCUCAGCUUGAUGUUGAUGAUUUAAGAGAUAGCUAUUUUCUCUGCCCAAGUUCUAUCGUAUUGCUGGGAGCACCGAUCAGCCUGCUGUUUCUGGAAGUUUGCACUGUUUUACAUGCCAGUUGAUCUUACAGAAGCACUUAAGAGAAUUUAUCAUGGUUCUCACCCAUAGUAUAUAUGUCUCAUCGUUGUCACAAAUAUGAUUGAACAAUUCAUCAAUUUUGUGGUUCGACCUCCCAGGGCCGUGUAUGAUCCAGAUCAGUACUUAUGGGAGAAGGAUUUUACACUUGCUGGCAGAGCGUACAAAAGGGAAGAUUUAGAGCUUCAAAAUGGAAGAGGCCAGACCUUGAAGUGUAGUCAUUAUGUCCCAUCUCUUCUCCCAGAAGAUUCUCCUCUUCCGUGUGUUGUAUACUGUCAUGGAAACAGUGGAUGUCGGGCAGAUGCAAAUGAGGCUGCUGUAAUACUUCUUCCAGCAAAUAUCACAGUCUUCACCCUGGACUUCUCUGGAUCAGGCUUAUCUGAUGGUAAUUAUGUUAGCCUGGGAUGGCAUGAGAAAGACGAUCUCAGAGUUGUCGUCUCUUAUUUAAGAAGUACCAAGCGCGUGUCGCAAAUAGGUCUUUGGGGACGAUCUAUGGGUGCCAUUACAAGCCUUCUUUAUGGAUCAGAGGACCCUUCAAUCUCUGGGAUGGUUUUAGAUAGCGUUUUCUCUAAUUUAUUUGAUCUUAUGAAGGAACUUGUUGAUGUAUACAAGAUUCGGCUCCCAAAAUUCACUGUGAAGAUGGCUGUGCAGUACAUGCGGCGGGUGAUUAAGAGGAGGGCAAAGUUUGAUAUCAAGGACCUCAAUUCCUUGCAGGUUGCAAGCCAAACAUUCAUUCCUGUCUUAUUUGGACAUGCUAAUGGGGAUAAAUUUAUUCAACCACACCACUCUGAUGUUAUCUUUAAAUUGUAUGCGGGUGAUAAAAACAUCAUAAAAUUUGAUGGUGAUCAUAACUCUUCUCGGCCACAGUUCUACUAUGACUCAGUUUCCAUAUUCUUCUAUAAUGCCCUACAUCCUCCACAAGUUUCAUCUGUUUGGUCCAAUAAGAUUCAGGAAUAUCAUAGUCUGAAGGAUCUGAGAGUUGAUGCUGGUAUGGAUGAGAAGCUGCUGUAUGAGAUAAUAUCUAAUCUUCAUAUUGCGGGUACUGAUGCUGCAAGCUCAUCUUCUGCUCCGCCCAGCUUUUCAACUGCUAAAUCUGUCGGAGAUUUUCUCUCUGAAAUCGUACCAGUUUUGGGCACAAGUGACAUGAUAUCUAAUGAAGACAUAUGUGCUGCUGAUGGGUAUUUCCAGGAUAAAAUAAGUGGAUCAUUUGAAGAAUGCUGCUCGCAUGCUAGCUCUAACAAGGAGAGUUUAGGAAGAUGUUCAUCUUUAGAAGGCUAUGAUUACAUAGAGUAUGCUGAUCCAAGUAACAGCCAUCAGAUGAGCCCCAAUGUGUCGAGUACCUGCACAGCACAAGACGUAGGCAGAUCGCCCAAAGACAAUGAGAGAAAGGUCCCUCUAGGGAAGUCGGAAAAAUUUGGGACCUUGAGUCAACUUUUGCGCUUUUGCAUCCUAAAGAGAGCUAAUCAUCGUAACUCCUUUUCAUGAGUGUACAUGCUAACACGAAUUGAAAUUUGUUCUAUUGUACUACAAAUGAUCUUUCUAACUGCAGAAUUAUUUAUGUACUAUGACGAGUCUAACAACAAAAAAGUUAACACGAUAGUUAGAAGUUUUAUGUUUAGAAAAGAUUAUUUAUGUAUUAUUCACUAAUCAUUCUUGUGGAUUGGAUUAGCAAAACUAUCCAAUUUCGUUGAUCUGAUCCAAUGGUGGUGCAUUGAUUCGAACUAGAAGUCAUGAACCUGGUCUAGAUGUCUAGUUAGUUUCAGAUAAUUCAAAUUAUUAUUUUUGGGAAUAAAUGUCUUGCCAAAUUAAGUACAUUUGUUAUA